AUGGGCGAUAGCCAAGAGAAGAAUGGCCUUCGGCUACAUUGGAAGUCGUUGGCGGCUUGCUCGCUGAUUUCCAUGUCACCGUUCCAAUAUGGAGUGGACUUUACUUUGAUCGGAGGUUUUCAAGCCAUGGUGGGAUUUCUCAAGGUCUAUGGAGAGCCAUCGCCUAACACAUCACUUGGAUGGAAUAUCUCCUCUGAGCGCCAACAGCUGAUAUCCUCGCUCAUGACACUGGGUGCCUUUGUGGGAUCAUGCUCAGCUGGGCCCGUUGCAACCUAUAUCGGCCGAAAGACCGCCUUGUAUAUUGCGGUUUUCGUGAUCUACAUUGCGAAUAUCAUUAUGAUGACUGACGCCACGAUCGGCGGUCUCUACGCUGGCCGUUUGAUUAUCGGACUUGGAAACGGUUUCUUGAUGACCUUUUCCCAGCUGUACAUCCAGGAAUGCUCUCCCGCCCGCUACCGUGGCCUCAUGCUCGGCGCUUUCCAAUUCUGGACCUCCUUCGGCUCCCUCCUCGGGACAAUCGUUGACAACUUCACUGCCAAGAUAGACGGCAAGAAUAGCUAUAUUAUUCCCCUUGGACUAAUAUUCAUCAUUCCUGCCUUCUUAUGUGCUGGCAUGUUCUUCAUCCCCGAGUCUCCUCGCUGGCUGCUCCAGCACGACAAAGUCGAGGAAGCACGCAAGGCGCUCGUCUGGCUUAGGCUAGAUCAGGAGACCGUGGACAAAGAGAUGGAGGAUAUCCAGACUGCGAUCGAGUUGGAGCAAAACCUUGCAAAUGGUGUCUCGGUUUGGGACAUGUUUGCCAACCCCGUUGAUCGGCGCCGGACUAUCCUAGCUGUCGCGGCUGUGUGCACGCAGGCCGCUUCUGGAGCCAUGUUCAUGAUUGCUUACGGAACUUAUUUCUUCGAAAUGGCCAAUGUUGGCAACGCCUUCGAGAACAGCUGCAUUCUCACUGCGCUCGGUGUGGUCGCCAUUUUGAUUAACAUUGCAGUCAUCACUCGCAUUGGACGCCGUCGACUCUUCUUAACAGUUGGGUUGAUAAUCUGCGGCUUCAGCCAGCUAAUUAUUGCGAUCGUAUAUAAUAUUCACCCAGGUACUCAGCCCACCGGUAAAGCGAUCGUUGGUCUUUCUGUUAUCUUUAUUUUCGCGUAUAACGGAAUGGUCUCGACCUAUGCUUGGGUCUCGGGCGGAGAGCUUCCGUCUCAGAGACUGAGAUCUUAUACGUUUGGGCUUGCUGCAGCGAUGGGAUUCCUGGGAGCUUGGUUGGCGACUUUCACCGCGCCGUAUUUCAUCAAUCCGGACUCUUUGAAUUGGGGUCCGAAGUACGGGUACAUUUGGUUCCCCUCUUGCCUGGUCGCCGCUGCUUUCAUCUUCUUCUACCUUCCUGAAGUCAAAGGCCGCACCCUCGAGGAAAUUGACGAAAUGUUCGAACAACGGCUUCCCGCCCGCAAGUUUGCGUCUUACAAGUGUGUUGGUCCAGUAGCACUUGAACAAAGACUCAAGGCUGCAGAGAAUACGGCGGACGGUGAGGCCAGGGUUUCCGGAGAUUCUGAGAAGGUUACCACAGAGACCAUCGAGAAUAAGGCGUGA